CUUGUUCCUUCCUUGAAGCAAAGCAAAAAUUCUUUCCUCCAUUGCUAUAAAAUGGCCUAAAAUGGACUCAUAAUCUCAUUCUUUCUUUCAUCUAAUACUCUUCCAAGAUGGCUAAUAAGGCACAUCGUGAUGCAGACCAGAAGGAAGCGGAAUGGGAUCAAGAUCGCAGCAAAAUCACCUUCAAAUCAACAGCAUUGAGCGUUGUGUGGGGCAAUGACAAUCGCUAUUGGCGCUUAGUAAAGAAAAAUGAGGAGCCAACAGUCUUGGAGCUGGUGCAAGUUUGCUGGCUAGAAGUGACUGGUUCAACAACAGUAGAAGCUGGAAAGAAGUACCAAGUUAGCUUCACAGUGUCGUUGAAGCCGGACGCGUUCGGUUGGAAUGGAUGUCCAGUGUUUAUGAUGGCCAAAGUAGGAAGGAAAGGAAAGUAUAGCUGGAAAAAGAUUAAAGCACUGGAGAAAGCUGAUUUUGGAUCAAAUUCAAUCCAAAUCCCGGACCACGACGGCAAUAAGCUUGUCAUAGAAGUGGAACCAACGGCAGAAGAUCGCCAACUUUAUUUUGGUCUGUAUGAAGUGUGGAGUGGGAAAUGGAAGGGAGGACUGGAGAUUCAUAAUGCAAUCGUGAGAAUAGUGUCUUAAGAUAAAGAUAAAAGGGGUUUCGGGUUUCGACCAUAUAUAUGUGUGUUUUUGUGUUGUCUGUUAAACACCAAAAUAAUUUCAAUUUGUAGCAUCAUAUUUCAUACACGAGUUCAUUUUGAACUUGCAGCAUGAUCAAAGAGAAAACCAGCCAAAAUUGUACCCAUUCUGAGAUUUUCUUAAUGGUGAUUAAGGAAACAUAUAUACAUACAUAUAUAUAUAUGUAAUGUAUACUAUGGUGUGCUUAAAUUACUAUGGAAUAAAACAAUAUUUGUAUCUUCUUCUUUUC